AUGUGCACGGCUCUGGGAGCUGACGGUCCCGCAGCGAAAAGGUGGGCGGUGUGUCGAGGAAUGCAAAAACCGGUGACGAUAAUAAACUCAAUGGGUGUGUACGGCCGCGUCGUGGACACCCCGGUCUACCACCCGUACGUCAACCGCAACGGCCUCUGGCUCGACGUCGGUGUCACCUUCUCCCGCGACCUCUGGCCCUGGACCGGCCACCUCGCGCUCCACCUCGCCGUCCGCGACGCCCCUGACGCCGCCUUCUUCGACGGCAUCGCCGAGGGCUACGUCAGUCUCAAGGUGGAGUCCAUCGAAUCGUCUACGAAGACGACGUUAUCGACGGAACUUAAGCUGCCGAUUCGUGUGAAAAUUGCCCCAACACCCAAGCGACAGAGGCGCAUCCUGAUUGACUACUUUCACAACAUUCGCUAUCCAUCUGCCUACGUUCCGGGCGACGACUUGACGAAGAUAUCGGGUCCGCUUGACUGGUACGUUCCACAGUGUCUUCCCUUUGGCCUUCACCGCUCCUCCCGCUGCGCAGUUCCUCCUGAUCCGUCCCAACGCCCUCUUUAUCCAUCGUCAUCGCUUUGUUUACAACUUCAAUGCCUCCUCGUUGUGCUCGGCGACCACAUCCACACGAACCUGCGGGGUCUCUACCAGCCCCUGCGCCAGCUGGGGUACUUCGUUGAGGUCCUUCAGAAACCACUCACCUGCUUCAACGCCUCCAAUUACGGCACGCUUAUGAUAAUUGACCCGGAGGACGAAUUUGCACCCAACGAGAUCAAGAAAGUGCACACGGAUGUUCACAAGAGAGGCCUCUCAUUGGUGGUUUUCGCUGGCUGGUUCAACGCCUCCGUUCAGGAAGCUCUCAAGUUCUACGACGCAAAUACCAAUCGCAGACAAUCUGUCCCACUUUUCACGUCGUGUCCGUCAACCACGCGGGACCGCCUGCUCGUUCACCCCUGUGUGCGUACAACCCCCAGCACCGGCUUUAUCCGUCUGACCAUCCAGACACUUGCAGCUUGGUUGUGCUACCCAUCAAACGAUUGCGCCUCGUCCUUCCUCACCAAUCUCCUUCAUCUUCGCGGCGGUGGUGACCCCGACGUGACCUCACCACAUCAGCCGGUUCAGAUAACCGGUUCCCCAGAUCCCAUGUCUGACGCUACACACGAUCUUCCCGCGUUACUGCAGGACAAAGACGAGACCUCGCGACUGUGGGUACCAAUUACCGGUGGGAGCAACAUUCCCGCGCUAAACGACCUUCUUUCGCCGUUCGCUAUAAAAUUUGCCGACAACAUCGUUGGUGGCUCCUUCAAAGUCGGCGACUUUUACGACGACAAUCCACAGGGGCAGAAGCACUAG